AUGUUCAAGAGUCUACGGGAGAAGCUCUGCUGUGGAAAGGCAGAUACGGCUGACGGCCAUGAAUCACCUUCGCACCCCGUAGAGAUUCCCCACAAGACAAGCAACGAGCUGGAGGUCACACCGACGCCGUCAAAUGUCAAGCCAAACGUAGCCAUCGUUGAGAAACCAGCCAAACGAGAUCUCUGGAAAGAAGCAUUCGACAGCUUGCCCGACGACCGCAAACAGUAUCUGGCGGUGAAUGAGGGAUGUUCUACGGUAGAUGCGAUCGACAAGGUUAUCAACACCACAGAGCAGAAAUAUAAAGAGUGGAAGAACGGGGGUCUCAAAAUUCGCAGGCGCGAUGGGAACGAUUUCAAUGUCCGCGAUUCAGCGGAGAACAUAUUCAAUUGUGCGAUGAAAGUGAAGAUUCUGGUCUCAACGGCGGUUUCCUUUGACCGGACUGGAUAUGCAUCUGCUGCAUGGUCGGUUGUUUCAUUGGGAUUGACCAUGAUCCAAAAUGAUAUUCAACGUCGAGACGCCGUUUUCGCAGCAUCCGAGUACCUUGCUGACACUCUCGCCUACUUUACCUUGAUUGAUACGCAUCACCGGGACCAGCACGUUGAUAGCGACCAGAAUCUCGAUAAUGCUCUUCUGGGGGUUUAUACGGCGCUCCUCGAAUAUUCUGCGGAAGUGAAUAAGGUGCAGAAGCAAAACGCUGCUGUUCGCGUAGCCAUGAGCAUCAAUGCAAUUGCCGAUCAGCCACUCGAGCAACUGAAAGCAAACGUCAAGGAGAAGGGCCAGGGUGCGGACAAGUGGGCUCACUUGAGCGAUAGUCUACGCAACCGAGAAAUUGCUCGGAAUACUCUCGCUAAGAUCGAUGAGUCCAUUGUUAUCAACAAGAAUAUCGAGUCCAAAGUAUUGACUGCGGAAGAGGAAAGAAUUCUGAACUGGGUCUCCACAGCAGACUAUUCCAGUAUUCAAAAAGAAACACGGGAUUUCCGAAGCCCUAAUACCAAUAACUGGUUUCUUACUUCAAACCAAUAUCAGGAUUGGAAGGACUCACCCGGAUACAUCCUAUGGCUUUCUGGAAUAGUGGGCUGUGGAAAGUCCGUUCUUUGUUCGACCAUUAUACAAGAUAUUGAACGUCUCUGCGAGGAACAUUCAUCCAGGUGGUUUGCAUACUGGUUUUUUCAGUUCAGCAAUGAUACGACACGGACCGUAGAAAACUUGCUCAGGUCCUUGAUCCGACAGUUUAGCCGGAAACCACUGGCACAGUCUAUAACCAGGAUGUGGGAAAAGCAUAACAACCGGGGCAGUCAGCCCAAUCGAGAGGAACUAUUGGAUACCCUUAAUGAGGUGAUCUCAAGCACUCCUGGCGAAGUGUUUCUGGUGCUGGAUGCAUUGGAUGAGUGUCCCGAGCGGUCGGGACGCAAUGAGAGAAAGACACUACUAUCUCUCCUGAUAGAUCUCAACGAGCGUCAUACGAAUAAGCUUCAUAUUAUUGCAACGAGUAGGCCUGAGCCAGAUAUUCGUGCUACCCUGGAGAGAUUUCCCACGGUUGAUUUGGAAGCUCGGCUAGCAGAGGAUGUUGAAACCUUUGUCCACGCUGAAGUUAGCACGGGUCGUCUACAAGAUCUUCAGGAGGACAAAAAAGCUCGAACCCUUGAACAGUUACUGCAUACCCGAGACCGGCGUUUCCGCUGGGCUGAUCUACAAGUAAAACGACUUGCGGAUUGCCACACCGACCAACAGAUAGACUAUGCGCUACGGACGAUUCCUGAAACACUUGAGGACACUUACCGGGAAGUACUUGACAGGAUCGAGGAAAAGGAUAUAAACAUAGCACGCGAAAUCCUUCUUUUCCUGUGCCUUGCUGCUAAGCCGCUAGACGAUCGGACCGUCGCAGCAGCGGUAUCGUUGCGAUCUCCUGAUUUCAUUGUUAAGAUCUGCACAACCUCUCUUGUCAUUGUGAGCACGGACGGUGCGAUUAGACUUGCGCAUUUCUCUGUCAAAGAAUACCUGGUGGUCUCAGACAAUGUUAAAAAAGACCACCGGUGCCAGUUCUCAGAAAUUGAAGGCCACCAUGAGCUGGCCGUAAAGACCAUAGACCUUCUCCUUUCGCAGAACGAGACGUUGACAGAGAAGAUCGCUAUGUCGCAGUCCUUCUUGGUCUAUGCGGCAAGGCACUGGGGCACUCAUGUUGCUGCCGCAGGGGACGUGCUAGACAUACAAGGGAAGAUCGAUCGCCUGUUCACUGAGCCUAAUAUCUACUUCAAUUGGCUGCGGAUAGCGGACUAUUCGUCCCGUAACUUUGAAAAUCCUUGGCACAAGUUGCCUAACAAGUGCGAGCCACCAAUUUAUCGCGCCUCCAGCAUGGGCUUGGUACACACCGUGGAAACAUUGUUUGCCAAGGGUGCGGAUCCCUUGGAAUUCUUUGGUGGAGGUAGACAAAACAAUGCAUUGACCGUCGCUGCCAGAUGUGGCCACCUUGGUAUUGUGGAAUUGCUGCUGGGCAAAGGCCUUCCGAUCGACAAGAGAUUAGUUAAGCGCCUAAUGAACCAGAUUGAUUAUCCAACUGAUGGAAAAGCGGAUUUGGAAGCAAUCUUGAACUUAGUCUGGGACUUGGAUUUGUUGUUUGAUAAAUCCAAGAUGCCCGAAAAGAUUCUUGAGGAGGAUAUAAUCUUAUCGACAAUAGCGAAUAAACGUUGUGGACUUAAGUUGAUGAGACUUCUUCUUGAGCGGCGACACGAGGCCUGUAUUCCUAUUACUGAUAAGGUGCUGCACAAUGCGAUACGCUACUCCGCUUUUCCGGAAGAAAUGCUUGGAUUGCUUUUCGAGAGAUGCAAUGAGGAUAUUCACAUCGGCCCCUCCUUCUUUGCGGACUUGGCUGAAAACAUCUUCUCUCGUUACCUUAAUAACUGUGGCGGAAUCGAUGUUGUUCUAAUGAAAAGGGCGACCGAGCUCGCUGUGGACGACUAUAGCGUUUCAUACUGGGCAUGUAAUGCGAGCUCGAAAGCUAUGGGUUUCAUGUUACAGGCCCGUGCAGAUAUCCGGAUCACUGAGCGGACGCUAAGGGCAGCAGCCUCUAAUCGGUUGGGGACCGACAUGAUUCGAUUGCUUUUCGAUCGGCGAGAGCCAGGCACAGAGAUAAGUGAGGCGAUACUUCUCGUCGCAGCAGAGAACCAAAAAGGCCAAGAGAUCCUGAAGUUCCUGCUUGGUAAACUUGAUCCAGCUGCUCCAAUCACCGAAGAGAUGAUUCUUAAUGUGGUCGAAAGUCUUCAAGUGGGCAGGAGGAAUCAUCGCCAUAAAGUCUUGAAAAUCCUGAUUGAGGGAAUCAGCCCAAGUACUCCGUUGACCGAGAAGGUAAAUGAAUUCCUCGUCGGGCAAGGAUUGGCUAUGGUGAGGCUGGUCAUGGACAGACAGCAAGCGGGCUUCGUCGCAUCAGAGAGGAUGAUGGAGAUAGCUGCUUCAGACUGGGCCGAUGCGGUAGAAUUACUGCAAUUGCUGAUGACCAACGGCGGCGCCGAGGUUCCAAUAACCGAGGCUAUUGUAUGCGCAGCAGCCGAGAAUUAUGGUGGUUCGUCUGUCAUAGAGUAUUUGUUUCAGGUCCAGGGAGAUGGCCUUCCUAUUACAGAGAAAGUCCUCGUCGCAGCAGCCAGAAUUCCAAUGACACUUGAAAUAAUUUUGAAUAAACGUCCGGGGGCAACGAUAACCGACACAGUGUUUGAAGCGGCAUGCGAAAACAAGGACGCAUUGGUGAUGCUUCUCUCGCGACCCCACAAAGAUCUGCCAAUCAAAAGGAUGAUGACCAGGAUUGUAACAUAUGGAUAUGCACCAGAGGUAUUGGAGUUACUUGUUGAUCGACAUUUGGUGGAUAUCGAUGCAUGGGCGGUAGAAACAGUUGCCUGCAAGCAUAGGCUUCUGGAGGUUUUGCUUAACAGAAAGCCGGAUGUCCCCAUCACGCAUCAAGCUCUCAUACGGACAAUAGAAGACCGUCAUUCAGUGCGCCUACUACUAAAUUCAGAAAAGAAUCACAACCUUGUCACGGAGGAGGUCAUGAUGGCUGCGGCAAGGUCAUCUGGCAAAGUGGACAGCAUGAAGUCCAUCUUGUGUCGUGUGGAAUCUGCACCAAUAACGCGAAAUGUGCUCAAAGAGGCGAUGUGUUAUAGGAAACUAGAUGUGGUAGAAUUUAUCCUCUCCAAGCGGCCUGAUCUGGACCUGAAAGCAGUUUGGGAGGAGAUUUGGCAGGAUGUUGAUCUGGAUAAACCGGGCGCGAUAAAAGGAAGAGCGACCGUAAUUGUUGCACGACAUACAGACUUCGAAUUGACGGAGUCUAUGCUGCAAGACUAUCCAUACGACCAGGCGCUGAAAAAUGACUAUGGUUUUAAUGAUAUGAUCCACAAGCUCUGCAUCCGUAGAGUACCGAUAUGCGCGACCGAAGGAGUGGGAGUGAUUGUCCUGGAGAGAUGCUCCAAUAAAGUUGCUAAGGAGUUCCUGGAGUACUACCCGAAUGUCCCGAUCACGGACAAGUUAUUUCAAGCGGUGGAGAGGAAUCCACGGGCGGAUAAAGAGGGCUUGUUAUCACUACUCGCUCGUAGGAGAGACUCAGCAUGA